CAGCCAUCUGACUUGGAGCGCAGGGGCUCCAGGGCUGUUGGACACAUGUUUCCUAUUGAUGGCUGCAGACAGCCUAGUAGCUGCGAUUCUGCCGACAGAGCCUGAUUGAAGAGUAAGGUUUCAAAGCAGGCAAAUUAAAAAAAAAAAAAAAGAACGGGAAUGCUGUUCAGGAAAUUCUUCAGGCAUGGGCAGGGACUUGGCUGCAGCUCUGGCGCUGGAAAAUCUGACUGGGGCAGCUCCUGAGCGCAGCCCAGCCGGGGCCUGGCCACUGCUCACUGCUCAGGGGGGCUGCCCAGACUGCGGAGCUCACUCCCGGGACCGCGGGCAGCGCUCCUCCGUGACACGGGGCCCCUGUGACCCUGAGAGGAGAGAUGCCUCAGGAACAGUACACCCACCACAGGGCCACCAUGCCCAGCUCCGAGGGGCCACAGAUAUACAAAGUGGGGAUUUACGGCUGGAGGAAAAGAUGCCUGUAUUUCUUUGUCCUACUCCUCAUGAUCUUAAUAUUGGUGAACUUGGCCAUGACCAUCUGGAUUCUCAAAGUAAUGAACUUCACAAUUGAUGGAAUGGGGAACUUGAGAAUCACAGAGAAAGGCCUGAAGCUAGAGGGAGACUCAGAAUUCCUACAACCUCUCUACGCCAAAGAAAUCCAGUCCCGACCAGGUAAUGCCCUGUACUUCAAAUCUGCCAGAAAUGUGACUGUGAACAUCCUCAAUGACCAGACAAAAGUGCUAACCCAGCUGAUAACAGGUCCCAAAGCUGUAGAAGCGUAUGGCAAAAAGUUUGAAGUGAAAACCGUUUCUGGAAAACUGCUCUUUUCUGCAGAUGACAAUGAGGUGGUGGUGGGAGCCGAGAGGCUGAGGGUUUUAGGAGCUGAGGGCACAGUCUUCCCCAAAUCCAUAGAAACACCUAAUGUCAGAGCUGACCCCUUCAAGGAGCUAAGGUUGGAGUCCCCCACCCGCGCUCUGGUGAUGGAAGCCCCCAAAGGAGUGGAAAUCAAUGCGGAGGCCGGCAAUAUGGAAGCCACCUGCAGAACCGAGCUGAGACUGGAGUCCAAAGAUGGGGAGAUAAAGUUAGAUGCUGCGAAAAUCAGACUACCUAGGCUGCCUCACGGAUCCUACACACCCACAGGAACGAGGCAGAAGGUCUUCGAGAUCUGUGUCUGCGCCAAUGGGAGAUUAUUCCUGUCCCAGGCAGGGACUGGUUCCACUUGUCAGAUAAACACAAGUGUCUGCCUAUGAAAGACUGCACCCCCAGUGGACAUUGUUGGCAGCACAAAGGCCAUUUUUGGCUUGAAUCACUUGGCUGCCAGCUAUUUUUACUAGAACACAGAAAGCCUAUCAAAGACCUUGUGUGUGUGAGAGAGAGAGAGAGAGUGAGAGAGAGAGAGAGCAUUGUGUGUGUGUGCUUGUGUGUGAGAGUGGAUAUAAAUAUAUAUAAAUAAAUAUAAAUAAAUAUAUAUAUCCUCUGUAUAAAAUGAGGUUUCAGUACAAAAGGAA